AUGCACGCUGAAAUCACCAACACCCACGUUCCUGGAAAUGCACUCAAUUCUUGCCGAUGUUGUACUUUGAAAUCUGAAACCUUAAUAGCCAGACAAAAAAUACUGUAUCUUGCCCAAUUCACUCAAAAGAAACCAAAUGGAGCAGAUUGCCCCAACCCGCUCCGAACAAUGGAGGAAACUAAACAAAACUCUAAAAAACUCUGGACAGAAACAAAGAAGACUUUGACUCUGGAGAAACUAAGGGUUGAAUCUUCAAAUAUAGCUGUUCAAGAUCAACUCAAUCUAAAAUUUUUCAAACAAGUAUUUGACUUUCAAGCAGAAAAAAUUGCAUUAGUGGCAAGGGGAGAAGAAUUACCGACCCAUAUGGAGCAGGAUAUUCCUCAAAAAUUGGUGGAUAUGGAAGACAAAGAGCCCAAAAGGAUGUUCAAUCCAUACUUGGAGUUGAAAGGUUUUGAUACUGUCAAGGAUACUCCAGUUGAAGUUUUACACGUAUUUCUGCUGGGACCAGUGAAGUAUUUAUUUGGAGAUUUUAUGAGUGGAUUGGACGAAAUUCAAAAGAAAGAACUUUUGGCCUUAUGGAAUUGCUUUAACACCAACUCUCUGAAUAUUCCUUCUAUCAGACCCACCAGCAUGGUGCAAUACUGUUCAAGCUUGAUUGGAAAAGAUUUUAGAAUUAUUCUUCAAGCAGCUCCUUUUAUAUUUUUCCAGUUCAUGACCCCAUCUCAAAUCAACAUCUGGUCUUCUCUCUGCAGUCUGGGCUCUUUAAUAUUCCAAACUCACAUUGAAGACAUGGAGUUAUAUAUUUCCGACUUGAAGAAGCAUAUUGAUAUCUUCUUAUAUCACAUCAUUCAAGAUUCCGCUCAAUGGGUCAAUAAAGCCAAAUUUCAUAUGUUACUUCAUCUUCCAGAAUCAAUCCUCCAAUAUGGUCCAGCUGCCCUUUUUGCAACGGAAAAAUUUGAAAGUUAUAAUGGUAUCCUGAGAAAUGCUUCGAUUCAUUCCAACCGUCAAAGCCCUGGCCAAGAUAUAGCCAUCACUUUCAGCAAUUAUCAUUCUUUUCGUCAAAUUAUGUCUGGUGGUUUCUUCUUUGACAAAAAACAGAAAAAAUUUGUUCAAUCUUCCAACCAAGUCACCAAUAUGUUUUUCCAAAAUCCCUUGAUCCAGCAAACAUUAGGCUAUAAUCAAUCAUCAUCCCUUCAGACUAUCAAUUAUCCUUAUGUUAGAAAAUCUACUCUCCCAGAAAGUGAAAAAUUAGCAACACCUCAAGAACUGAAGAGCUCUUAUCCUGGCCACAAAAUUGAUCAAAUCUCUGAACUACAGUUGAAUGAAAAGAAAGUCCUCAAGAAAAAUAUCUUUAUUUUGUUCAAUGUCCUCCAACCUCAAAGAGCUGAACAUAUUGGAUCAAUCGAUUCUAUCUGGAGUGUCCAGAAGCCUUCUCAUCAAGCAAAUUACUUUGUUCACACAACUGUGUUCCAAAAGAUGGAGGAAAAUUUAGUUUAUAGAAUGAGAGGGAUACAGAGAACUCCCCAUUCAGUCUUUGUCAACACACAAAAAAUCCAAUCUACUUUGAAUGUUCAGCAUGACUGCAAAGGUGGCGAAUGUAAGCUCACAGAAACAGAGUUCACAACAGUGGAGCAGCAGAAGAGUACUAAGCACAAGAAACUCGAGUUGGAACACACCAACAAUGGACGGUACAUCAUAAAUUUAGCUUCCCUCUCGUCAAUCAACGAUCAUCGGAGAUUCUUGCAAGUUUUGAUUUUGAGACCUGGACCCCUUUAG